AUGCCUUCCCCCGCUGCCGGAAAGGGCACCGACGCGCCCCGCACUCCCACCAAGCUCGGCCGCAAGCCCGCGCCCCCCAAGCUCGGCGAGGCAGCAUCAGAGAAGGCCUCUGAAGUCACCUCGGGGAAGCCCCAGACGGAAAACCCGGACCUCCCACCCCGGCCGUCAGAGGGCGACAUCUCCGAGAAGGUCGAAGGUGCAAAGAAGACUGCAGAGGACGCACCGCAGCAGGCGAGCGGCGCCGCCAGCGAGGCUGGCGAGGCUGGCGAGCAAGACCCCACCGGAAAGGUCUCCGAAGCCACCGGCGACCUGAAAGAGCAGGCACCCAAGCCCGUCGGCGACGACGAUGACGACGAGGACGACGACGCCGCCCGCAGUGACGACGACAAUGCCACGGAGAAGGCGGGCGACCUCGGCGAAGAGGCCGAGGACACCGCUGAGGACACGGCCGAGUCGGCGCAAGAGUCUACCGCCGACUUGCAAGAGCGCGGCGAGCAGGCUCCCAAGAAGGCCGGCAGCAACGUGCUCGGCAAUGCGAGAAACCUCGCCGGCCGCGCCUCCAGCCUUGCCAGCAAGUCGUCGUCCCAGGACCCCAGCAAGGCUGUUGGCGCCGCGAAGGACACUGCCGAGGACACUGCCGACGACGUUCAAGACACCGCCGAGGACACUACUGGCGAUGUCAAGGACACUGCUGACGACACUGCCAAGGGCCCUCUCGAUGAUGUCCAAGACACGGCCGGCGGCGCUGCUGAAGAUGUGGACGAGACCGCACAGGGCGGUCCCGUCCAGGAGGCUCAGGAGACCGCUGAAGGCCUCGGCAAGGAGGCCGAGGGCGCUGUCGGCGGUGCCAAGGGCACAGCAGAAGGUGCUGUUGAUGACGCCAAGGACACUGCUGAGGAUACUACCGGCCAGGAAAUCCCCGAUGUUGGCGAUCUCUCCGUCCUGAAGGGCCUCGAGGUCCAGCCGGACGGCGGCGUCGUCGACAGCGAAGGCAACCAGAUUGGAAAGCUCGUCGAGGGUGACGCCGAAGACCUCGAGGGCUACGCCAUUGGCGACAACGGAGAGAUCCUCGACGACGACGGCGACCUGGUCGGCCGCUGCGAGCUUCUGCCCGAGAAGAUCGACGCUCAGAAGCGGAAGGCUCAGCAGGCGGCCGAGGGCGCUGCCGGUGGCGAUCUGCCCGACCUCUCAAUCCUCAAGGGUCUCACUGUCAACCAGGUUGGUGAGAUCUUCAACGACGAUGGUGACGUUGUCGGCCAGAUCGUCGAAGGAGAUAUCCAGCAACUCAAGGGCCGCCAGGUGAAUGAGCGCGGUGAGAUCCUUGACGAUGAUGGCAACGUCAUUGGCCGCGCCCAGAUCCAUCCUGAUUUCGAAGGGGCUGGCGAAGCUCUCGACGGUUAUGAUGACGAGGGUGUCGAUGGCGCCGCUACGGACGUCGCGGGCGCUGCCAAGUCGGCCACCGGCAAGGUUGACGAGGCCGGCAACAAGGUCGACGAGGCCGGCAACAAGGUCGACGAGGCCGGUAACAAGGUUGAGGAAGCCGGCGAAGCCGUGUCUGGUGCCCCCAGCAAGUCUGGUCGGGCUGAUUCGGCCCUCGGUGGUGCCAAGUCUCAGAUCGAGAGCGAAGUUCCCGACCUCCCCGGCGUCGAGGCCCUCGAGGGUCGUGAGAUCAACUCCGAAGGCGAGGUCGUCGAUUCCGAGGGCAAUGUCCUCGGCCAGCUCGCCGACGGCGUCGACAUCGGCAAGGCCAAGGGCCUCACCGUCAACGAGAAGGGUGAAGUCGUCGAUGAAGAGGGCAACGUCCUCGGCACGGUCGAGCUUGCCGACGGUGCUGCUGAGCACCUUCAGGAGAAGCUCCGCCCGCUCGCCCUGGACAUCAGGAUCUUGGAAGGCCUUAAGGUCAACAAGAAGGGCAAGGUCCUCAACGAGGAGGGCGACGAGAUCGGCGAGCUCACCGAGGGCGACGUCAAGAAGGCCGCCGGCAAGACCAUCAACGACAAGGGCGAGGUCCUCGACAAGGACGGCAAGCUCGUCGGCAAGGUUGAGAUCAUCCCUGGCGACGCCGCCGAAGAGGCGACCAAGGAGCUUCGUGAGCGCCUCACUGAGCUCGAAGGCCCGAAGGAGUUCAUUCCCGGUCUCGACAUCUUGGACGGCCUGAAGGUCAACAAGAAGGGCAAGGUGCUCAAUGAGGAUGGCGAGGAGAUUGGCGAGCUUGUCCAGGGCGAACUUUCUGACUGCGCUGGCAAGAAGCUCAACGACAAGGGCGAGGUUCUCGACAAGGACGGCAACAUCAUCGGUCGCGUCCGCGUCCUGCCUCAGCAGGUCGAAGAGGGCGAUGUGGAGGCCGAGGAGCUUGCCGAUGCUCAGGCUGCCGAGGCUGCCCAGGAGGGUGCUGAGGACGCCGCCGAAGACGCCGAAGACGCCGCCGAAGACGCCGAAGACGCCGAAGACGCCGCCGAGGACGCCGCCGAGGGCACUGAAACUGCCGUUGACGAGGAGGGUGCCGAGGAAGACAACCUGCCUCCUCUCUCCGUCCUCGAGGGUCUUGGUGUCAACAAGGCUGGCAAGCUCAUCAACUCGGAUGGCGUCGUCGUCGGCGAACUGAUUGAGGGCGAUGCAAAGAAGCUCUCCAAGCUUGGCGCCACUGCCGAUGCUGAAGGUCAAUUCUGGGACAACAAGGGCAAGGUCAUUGGCCGCGCCAAGACUGUCCCUGUUGAGGAUGAUCAGGAGGGCACCUUCGCCGGUCUCGAGGGUCUCAUCGUCGUCAAGGACGGCAAGGUCGAGGACGAGAACGGCAACGUUGUUGGUGUCGUCGUCGAGGGCGACGCCAAGAAGCUCGUCGGCCGUGCUGUUGACGAGGACGGAGAUAUCAUCGACAAGAAGGGCUCCGUCAUUGGCCACGCCGAGCGCUACGAGGAGCCUGAGGAGGAAGUCGAAGAGGAGGAGCCGAUCGACUACUCGAUGCUCAUUGGCAAGACACUCAACAAGCAGGGCAACGUCAUCGGUGACGAAGGCGUUCCGAUCGCUCGUCUUGUCGAGGGCAAUGUGAAGGAGCUCGCCGGCAGGAAGGUCAGUGAGGAGGGUCAGAUCUGGAACGAUGCUGGUAAGGUCAUCGGCCGCGUCGAAAUCAUCCCUGAGAACGAGCGCGAGUCCAAGCCUGAAGGUCCUUUCGCCGGCCUUGACGACCUCCGUGUCGUCGCUGACGGAAACGUUGCCGACGAAGAUGGAAACAUUGUCGGCCACAUCACCGAAGGCAACCCCAAGCGCCUCAUUGGUCUUUCCGUCGAUGAGGAUGGAGACAUCAUCGACAAGUACGGCAACGUGAAGGGUCACGCCGAGCCCCUCGAGGACGAGCCCGAAGAGGAGCCUGCUGAUCUGUCUAUCCUAAACAACAAGGUCCUCAACAAGCAGGGCUUUGUUGUUACCGAGGACGGAAUCCCUCUUGGUAAGCUUGUCGAGGGCAACGUCUCCGAGCUGGCUGGCCGUCGCUGUGACGAGAACGGUCAGAUCCACGGCGACACCGGCAAGGUUGUCGGUCGCUGCGAGCUCAUUCCCGAGAACGAGCGCGUCGCCAAGCCCGAGGGUCCUUUCGCUGGCCUCGAGGGUCUGCGUGUUGUUGCUGAGGGUAAGGUCGAGGAUAUCGAUGGCAAUGUCGUCGGUGAGCUCGUCGAGGGUGACGCCAAGCGUCUGGUUGGCCUCAAGGUCGACGAGGAUGGCGACAUCAUCGACAAGUUCGGAAACGUCAAGGGCCACGCGGAGCCGUGGCAAGAGGAGGAGGCUCAGCCCGAGGAUCUCUCUGCUCUUGCUGGCUGCACCGUCAACAAGGCUGGCAACGUCGUCGACUCUGCCGGUGCCAUUGUUGGCCGCGUUGCUGAAGGUGAUCCUAAGGCGAUGGUCGGCCGUAAGGUUGACGGCGAGGGCCAAAUCUGGGACAAUGCCGGCAACGUCAUCGGCCGCGCUGAGCUCGUCAGGGGCGUCGACACCACCCCUGAGGGCCCCUUCUCUGGCUUCGACAACGUCACGGUUGCCAAGGACGGCACGGUCGUCACCGCUGAUGGCAGCAUCGUCGGCCGCGUCAUUGAGGGCGAUGUCCAGAAGCUCGUUGGCCACAAGGUUGACGAGGAGGGUGAGAUUGUCGACAAGAACGGCAACCCGAUUGGCAAGGCCGAGCGUUGGGAGCCUGAGGAGAAGGAACGCCGCAUCAACCCCAUGUCCGGCCGCCGCGUCAACAGAGAAGGCGAGGUUCGCGACGAGGACGGCAACGUCAUGGGUCGCCUCACCGCUGGCGACCUCGGCCACUGUGCUGGCCUCGAAAUCGACGACAACGGCUACGUCAUCGACAACGACGGCAACAAGGUUGGUGAGGUCACCCUGCUCGAGAACAUUGUCGAGGAGGAAGAGGAGGAAGAGGGACUCACCGAGGAGGAGCUCGAAGAGCUUCGCAAGAAGAAGGAGGAUGCCGAGCUUGCGGACAAGAUGGCAAACAUCUGCCAGCAGACGCUCGAGCGCGUCCAGCCCGUGUGCAAGCAGAUCACCGAGUACAUCGAAGCUGCCGACCGCACGCCGCGCGAGGAACUGGACGAGGAGCAGCUCGUCGACAACGUCAAGCCUCUCAUCGAGGAGGCCGGCCGCAUCCUGCAGGAGUGCAACGGCUCGCUGCGCGGCCUGGAUCCCGACGGCCGCAUCGCCGCGCAGGCCAAGGGCCGCGCCGGCACGCGCGAGGCGACGCCCGAGGAGUACCGCCUGGCGGACUGCCUGAAGGAGCUCACGACGACGGUCGUGACCACCAUCGACAACGCGAAGAAGAAGAUUGCCGACAUGCCCCACGCCAAGAAGAAGCUGAACCCCCUGUGGGCGCUGCUCACGGAGCCGCUCUUCCAGAUCAUCGCGGCCGUCGGCUUGCUGCUGUCGGGCGUGCUGGGUCUGGUGGGCCGUCUGCUCAACGGCUUGGGCCUGGGCGGCCUCGUCAACGGCCUCCUCGGCGGCUUGGGCAUCAACAAGCUCCUCAACGGCCUCGGCCUCGGAAGCAUCAGCGAGGCGCUCGGCGGCAAGAAGAAGGAGAAGAAGAAGGGCGAUGGCGCCAAGGGUCUGCCGCUCGUCGGCGGCCUCUUCGGCAGCAAGUAA